CAGCAGGUGAGUGGAGAGGCAGGGUGGGGCAUUGCGCAUGCACGGUGGCCGUGGCCCUCAUCACUGUUUAUCUUAUUGCUUGGUGACUGCUGGACAGGUUUGGCGCAGCAUUGGAACGUGAGGAAAGGCUGUCAAACCUUUUAAGUUCAUUCAGCAAACCUAGUUGGAACGGAUUGAGCUAUUUCACGAAUUUAGUCAGGCGAUAGCCGGAGACACAAUUUUGUCUGAGCGUUGACUGGUCUCAACGCAUCCGAGCAUCCAUCCCUUUCAUUGCUAGCGGUCUAGCUAACAUCAGUGAGGUGACAGCCAUAAACGAGGACGCUGACAACGCGCCGCUAAGAUGUCCGGAUACCAGGGAAAGAAAAAUAUACCACGCAUUACAUUAGGUUCUGUUGAAGCUCUCCUGGAUGGAUGGAUGUGCUGGGAGUGAUCGUCUCCUUAUCAAAUGUGGAAAGAUUGUAAAUGAUGACCAGUCUUUCUUUGCUGACAUCUAUAUCGAGGAUGGAGUCAUCAAGCAAAUUGGAGAGAACCUGAUAGUUCCUGGUGGGGUAAAGAUCAUUGAUGCCCAUGGACGCAUGGUGAUGCCCGGGGGCAUAGAUGUGCACACACGCUUCCAGAUGCCAGACAGGGGCAUGGUGUCUGCAGAUGACUUCUACCAGGGCACCCGUGCUGCUUUGGCUGGGGGAACCACCAUGAUAGUUGAUCAUGUGGUUCCAGAACCUGGUGUGAGCCUGGUGGCAGCGUUCAACCAGUGGAGGGAAUGGGCCGACAGCAAGUCCUGCUGUGACUACUCCCUGCAUGUGGACAUCACUAACUGGCACAAGGGCAUGCAGGAGGAGAUGGAGAGCCUGGUGAAGGACCACGGUGUCAACUCUUUCCUGGUCUAUUUGGCUUAUAAGGAUGUUUUCCAACUUUCCGACUCCCAGAUGUACGAGGUGUUCAAUGUCAUCAGAAACUUGGGAGCCAUCGCUCAGGUGCACGCAGAGAACGGGGACAUCAUUGCCGAGGAGCAGCGUAAGAUCCUGGAGCUGGGCAUCACUGGCCCUGAGGGUCACGUGCUGAGCCGCCCGGAGGAGGUGGAGGCAGAAGCAGUCAACCGGUCAGUCACUGUGGCCAAUCAGACCAACUGCCCCCUCUACAUCACCAAGGUGAUGAGCAAGAGUGCUGCUGAUGUCAUCGCCCUGGCCAGGAAAAAGGGUGCUGUGGUGUAUGGAGAGCCUAUCUCUGCCAGCCUGGGCACGGACGGAACCCACUACUGGAGUAAGAACUGGGCCAAGGCAGCUGCCUUCGUCACCUCCCCACCCCUCAGCCCUGACCCCACCACCCCUGACUAUCUCAACUCACUGCUCUCCUGUGGUGACCUGCAGGUGACUGGUAGUGCUCAUUGCACGUUCCACACCUCCCAGCGUGCUGUGGGCAAAGACAACUUCACCCUCAUCCCAGAGGGCACCAACGGCACUGAGGAGAGACUCUCCCUCAUCUGGGACAAGUGUGUGGUGACUGGAAAAAUGGACGAGAACCAGUUUGUGGCUGUGACCAGCACCAACGCAGCUAAGAUCUUCAACCUGUACCCCCGUAAGGGCCGCAUUGCAGUGGGCUCUGACGCCGACCUGGUCCUCUGGGACCCAGACGUCAGCAAGAUCAUCUCUGCCAAGAGUCACAACCUGGCUGUGGAGUAUAAUAUCUUCGAAGGCACCGAGGUGCGUGGAGCUCCCCUGGUGGUGGUCAGCCAGGGCAAAAUAGUGUUGGAAGAGGGCAACCUCCAUACCACUGAGGGCUGUGGGCGCUAUGUGAGCCGCAAGCCCUUCCCUGACCAUGUCUACAGGAGGAUAAAGGCUCGCAGCAGGCUGACGGAGCUGAGUGGGGUCCCCAGGGGUCUCUAUGACGGGCCGGUGUGUGAGAAUGUGACACCUAAGGUCAUGACCCCGGUCACCUCAGUGAAGACCUCUCCAGCCAAGCUGCAGCAGCAGCAACAGCAGCAGGCUCCCCAGCCCGUCCGUAACCUGCACCAGUCUGGCUUCAGCUUGUCUGGUGCACAAGUAGAUGACAACAUUCCCCGCCGCAACACCCAGCGCAUUGCAGCACCCCCUGGUGGUAGGUCCAACAUCACCAGCCUGGGUUAAGCUCUACUGUCAGCUGAGCUAGGGAGGAGAGGAGCGGAGCAGGAGGAUCCACCUCAGCUCCCAGACCAACCAUCACAACCAACAAAGCUUCAUCUAUUGUAGUCCCGUCUCCCUGACUUAACUGCAAGCUGGUGGUCAAAACACUCCAUCCAUCUUCAUUCUUAACCGCUCUGUCACCUCAUUCAAAGGAGAAAAAAAAGAAAUAGCACUCAUUUUUUUUUAAAGAAGAGUCAAGUGAAUUGAUGUUUUUCUGUAUAUACACUGAGUGUACAAAACAUUAGGAACACCUUCCUAAUAUUGAGUUGCACCCCUUUUUACCCUCAGAACAGCCUCUAGCGUUCCACAGGGAGGCUGGCCCGUGUUGACUCCAAUGUUUCCCACAGUUGUGUCAAGUUGGAUUGAUGUCCUUUGGGUGGUGGACCUUUCUUGAUACACACAGGAAACUGUUGAGCAUGAAAAAGUACACCUGGCACUUAACUACCAUACCCAGUUCAAAGGCAAUUUUGUCUUGCCCGUUCAUCCUCUGAAUGACACACAUACACAAUCCAUGUCUCAAUUGUCUCAAGGCUUAGAAAUCCUUAUUUAACCUGUCUCCUCCCCUUAAUCUACACUGAUUUAAGUGGAUUUAACAAGUGACAUCAAUAAGGGAUCAUAGCUUUCACCUUGUCAGUCUGUCAUGGAAAGAGCAGGUGUUCCUAAUGUAUUGUAAACUCAGAGCCAUUGCAUUAGAUCACUGUCAAAGACACAUGGCAUGUUUAACUAUAGUACAUCGGUUAUUAUUUUUCUUCCAUCCUAUAAGUAAAUGGAAGGUUUCACAAAUGCUUUUAUAUUUUCGAGGCUGUAAAAUAAUGUUGUUGAAGGAACGUUUUUACCUCACUAAGUCAGUUUGCAGUAUUUGUAUGAUUUUUAAACAGCUGUGAGUUCUAGUUAUUGUCCUUCCAUAGCCUGACUUUCUGGUCAGUAUUACAACAGAACUUUCAGCUGAACAAAUUCACUUCCAUCUUACUUUGUCUCAUUGCUGCACUUUUUGUAUUGUUGUAAUGUUUUUGUUGUUAAUAUUAUACAUUUUUGAUCGUGUCUAGAGCUAAAACACUACUUCAAUCUCUGAAAUAUUGACUCUUAGAUCUUAGCUUGUCUGCUGAUGGAAUGCGCAGAAGUCAAGGGAGAUGGUUAAACCAUUCAUCUCCUCACUCCCCUCAGUCGGAACACCUUUGACAUAAAGCAUGCACAAUACAUGGCAGCAGGGAGAACCUUCACCCCCCCAAAAAAACUGACGAGACAUUUUGCCUCUUUCCUUCUCUUUCUUCUCUUUUCACGAGCUGUCUGAAGUUAAAGGUCGCCGAGACACCAGGCUUCCUAUAUUCACACUGCUGUUUAUUUUCUUAUGACACUGACAGCCAUGCUCGAUAGAAGGUUGCCCCUAACAACCUCUCUGCACCAGGUGCUAUUUGAUCAAUGCUGUGUAUGUGCAGAUGGUGGUGCCUACUUUUUCCACUCAACCACAGCAAUUCAAGCUUUGUGAAACUACUUUACGGGGGAGCGGAGUCGGCUAUUACAUGACACAAGUCUUCGUUUUCUAUCUGCUAAAGUGCAAAAGGUGAAUCUGUGGAAAUGCAAUGUUGAUUUUGUAUUUGAUAUGUUUGUUUUUGUUGUUUUUUCAGAAUGUUUGUUCAAUAUCACUUGCCUGCCUAUUCUAUAAAGUAUUGAUUGAUAGUACGCUUUAAGAACCAUGUAUUUAUGAAAAAUACCUGUUAAGCACUGUCAGUGACCAAGCUAGUACAAAUACCUGUUAACCUCUGUCAGUGACCAAGCUAGUUAAUGUAGUGCUUUGAGAUCCAGAGAAAAAAGCUAUUUACACUAAUGAUGUGGUUUGACUCCUGUCCUUAUUAUUGGAGUUACUAGAAUAGCACCUCCUCUUAGCCCUGUGAGGGUUGAUGAUGGGAGCCACUUUUAACAUGUGCUUGCUCCAUCAUCACUCGCUUUACCCUCUUACCUAUUCACAUUAGACCUUACUGUUAGUGCCAUGCAUCAGAGUAUGAACAAUGUUACACUAGACCACAAGCCAAUGUUUAUUAACCACUCACUCGACACUGUGAACGGUACAGUAAGGAAAUUUACAGUAGGCUCCUCAUUUCUCUGACCAGUUCUCUGUAUACUGUACAAGCAUUGUAUUCUUUCCUCCUCCUUGCCUUGUCAGGUUUGGGUUGUUAUGCCAAGCUAUGUGUUGUAAGUAAAUUGCCGGUGGGGAGGUUUCCUAUAGUGUUUGUUUUUUAUUUCAGAUUUUUAGCACUGUCGUUGCCCUCCCUCCCAUCUUGUGAUAAACUGUUGACCAUGUAUGUUUUGGGAUUUUGGAAUACUUAUUCCUGACGACGUUAAAUACUAUCAGUGUUGACUUAAAUGGUUUUAAACAUAAAAAUAAAAAAUAAAACAAUU